AUGUCCUAUCUAGACAAGGAGUCGAUCCUCGCUCUCGGGCAGAUCGACCCCGAAUUCAAAGCGUUCAUCGGGACUGUGAAUAUGCCACCAGUGGACUAUGAGAAGGUCGACCUCCAUGAAUUCAAGAGAAGUGUGGAACAGCGCAACGCGGAGGCCAUGGAAGUCCUGGGCAGCCCGCCUCCCCAGAUCAAGCAGAGCGAACUUCAGUAUCCCACCAGGGACGGAGCCAAGCUCCGGGCGAAGCUGUACCAGCCCACCAACCCGCCGAAGAACGGGAGUCCCUUGAUCGUCAUGUUCCACGGAGGCGGCUUCUGCGUCGGCACUCCGGAAGGAGAAGAACAGACGUGUCGAAACUUCGUCCAGGCCUUUGGUGCCACUUGUAUCUCGGCUUCCUAUCGACUGGCCCCGGAAUACAGAUUCCCUUACGCGCCCAAGGAUGCGUGGGACUGUCUGAAGUGGGCAGCAGCCAAUGCAAAGUCGUGGGGAGCCGAUCCGGCCGUUGGCUUCGUCGUCGGCGGCACCUCAGCCGGUGGAAACAUCACUGCGGUGUUGGCGCACGUCGCCCGCGACGAGAAGCUGUCGCCCCCUCUGACAGGCCAAUAUCUCGCCAUCCCGACGGUGGUGACGCCGAACAAGCUUCCCGAGAAGUAUCGGCCGUAUCACCUCUCGUAUGAACAGAACAAAGAUGCCCCGAUCCUUUCGCUUGCCGCCAUGGACAUGUUCAUGAAGCGAGGAUAUCAACCUGACGAAGAUGACGGCGUGUGGUUCUCCCCCUUCAACCACCCCAACGGCCACAAGGACUUGCCGCCCGCCUUUUUCCAGAUCGACGGCAUGGACCCGCUGCGCGACGAGGGGCUCAUCUAUGAGCGUGUCCUUCGCGAGGAGAACGGCAUCAAGACCAAAUUAAACGUAUAUCCCGGCCUGCCGCAUGGCCAUUGGGGAUUCUUUCCGUUCUUAAAGAGCAGCCAGAAAUUCCGGAAAGAGCAGGUAGAGGGCAUGGGCUGGUUGCUCGGCAGAGAGCCGGAUUUCACGAAUGUCAUUGUCGCGGGUGCCGCUGCUAGUUUGUGA